UUUAGAUUACUAUCUGAUUGACUUCGAGGAGCCAGAUAAGUCCUAUGCUGCCUUCCCAGGAUGAAAGGUGGAUGUCCGCAUAGGCUCCUCGUCAGCAAGCUAUGCUUCGGCCUGGUGCUUCUCCUCACUGUACCGAUCAUUGUUUUGUUACUGGAAGGAGCCCCGGUCCUCACAAUCUUUAGCACAACACCAGAGCAAUUAAAAGUUCUCUCUCAUGGCAUCCUACAGCAGCAGGAGCAGGAACAUCUUGAAGAUGAUGGAGCAAGCCUAGCUGGAUUUCCAGGUCCAGCUUCCAGAAGCCACACGCACAAAAGUAGGGGCAAAGUGAACAAAGAUUGUAACUAUGCAAAGGGGAAGUGGGUAGCAGAUGAGAAGCGACCACUGUAUUCUGGUAAUGAGUGUAAGCAAUGGCUGUCGAAAAUGUGGGCUUGUCGAAUGAUGCGGCGUGCACAUUUCUCCUAUGAGAAUUAUCGGUGGCAGCCACAUGGUUGUGAGAUGCCUGAGUUUACAGGGCCUAACUUAUUAAAAAGGAUGAAAAACCAAACUCUUGCUUUUGUUGGUGAUUCACUUGGCAGACAGCAAUUUCAGUCGAUGAUGUGUAUAGCAACUGGUGGCAAAUACAGCCCAGAGGUCGAAGAUGUUGGUUGGAAAUAUGGCCUUGUCAAGGCCCCAGGUGCUUUAAGACCUGAUGGGUGGGCUUAUCAAUUUCCAGCGACCAACACAACCGUUCUUUUCUACUGGUCUGCUACUCUCUCUGAGUUGGAACCUUUGAAUGCAGAACGUGCAGUGACCAGCUAUGCAUUGCAUCUUGAUCGGCCAGUUACAUUUUUGAAGAAGUAUCUUAACAGUUUUGAUAUUCUAGUACUUAACACCGGCCAUCACUGGAACAGAGGGAAAUUCAAUGGAAAUCAUUGGCAAUUGUAUGCCGAUGGGAAGCCUAUAGGCAAUGGUAGUAGGCUUGCAGACCUCAACCGCGCAAAAAACCAUACACUGCAUAGCAUUGCCAGAUGGGUGGAUUCAGAACUUGCGCGGCAUCCUCAGAUGAAAGUUUUCCUCAGGACAAUUUCACCAAGGCACUUUGUAAAUGGUGACUGGAACACAGGUGGAACAUGUGGAAAUACCAUUCCCUUAUCUAAUGGAAGUGAGGUCUUGCAGGACCAUUCAAUUGAUAUACCUGCAGAAAGUGCUGUGAAGGGGACUAGGGUUAAGCUUUUGGAUAUCACUGCUAUCUCAAAACUACGGGAUGAGGGGCAUAUCUCAAACUCUACUUUCAGAAAAGGUUCGACAGGAAUCAAUGACUGCUUGCACUGGUGCCUGCCUGGUAUACCAGAUAUGUGGAAUGAGCUCCUCUUUGCACAGAUUUAGGGGGGGAUCUUUUUCAGAGCCCCAGGAUUCUUUUCUGUUCAUACCAUAGAACCCCAAACGUCUUCUGUUUGUACCAUAGCAGUACAUGUACAUUUACAAAAUUUCAGUUCACCCAUGUGGAGGUGUUUACAGAAUCAAGAUGAUACUAUUGCUUUCUAGAAGUAAUUUACAGUUUGGUCCAGAUUCUUCCAGCUUCCUUUCUGAUCAGAAUAGCAUAUAUGGAAUCAGCUGCUGCAGAGCCCUAUCUGACUACUCAAUGUUCCCCAGGCACGUUGAAAUUCAUUUUUAUUUUCCCUCUUACUGUAAUAUCCUAUCAAAGCUUACCAUGCAGCAUAUAUUCUUCCAAAAAAUGUUCAUACAAGUUGAUCAAAAUGCUAUAUACUCGUUUAAAUA